AUGGGAGGUUUCAAGGCCGCAGCCGCACUGCUCGUACUCAUCCUCGUUGCGAAUGAGGUGGGAGUGUCGCUGGCGCUGGGAGAAUCUGCCAUCAAAGGGACGACUGCUGGCGGCGGCGGUACCGACCCGACUGGUACUACGAGCGUGACUUUUGCCCUUCCCUGUGUGACGUGUCUUGCCAUUCUCCCUUUCCCUUUGUGUGAUGUCUUUGCAACGAGUGAGGUGGGAGUGUCGCUGGGAGCACCGGCCGCCAAAGGCACGACUGCUGCCGGUUUAUGUGCGCCUAUGGCAGCAAAUGCCGCUGCUGCCAGCGAUGUGGUGCGGCUUUAUGUGCGCAUGGGCACGGUGAUGCUUCUCCUCGGCUCGCUCGUUUUGACCCUGUUCGCGUCGCCCGACUGCUCGGGUGCUGCGGCGGCGAAAUACCAAAACACGGGGUACCAAAACACGGGGGAGAUGAGUGCUUUCAAGAUGGACACAUCAGUGAAGUCCAUCCGCUGCGUUCUCGGUGAGUGCACUGCUGCCACCAUGCGUUGA